CACCCUAUUGGUCAGGGUCAUGGUACAUGUUGGGCUAUGGCUUAUUGAUAAAUUAUGUUGUGGAAUGGGUCUGAUCAAUAACCUGUGGAAUCAACAUCCAUGCUGGUUUCGCUCUGAGUCUGUUCCACCUUUUGGGAGGAAUGAGAGAAAUGCUCAGAAUGCAUUUGUGUGGUUGCCUUCGCCAACCGACUCGUGGGAAACUGUGGAUUCGCCUCUCUCUCUCAGGUGAGGCAGGCGAACGGCUCUGGCUGUUGCCGUGGUUCCCCUCUCCCUUUCUUCCCCAAUUAAGCGAGCGCAUGGCCAACGCUGUGAUAAGUGACUUAUUCCCUCCAGGCCAGUCGCACCACCUGCUCAGAUCUGAUUAUGCUGUUAGCUUUAGUCAGGCUGCUUGUUGUACAGGCCGGUGCGUGCGGGGCUGGGCCAGGCCUGAGCUAUGGGAGACUAUGUAGGCCAGGGGGCCACGGGUACAGGAAGGGGGGGGGGGGGCCCGGACCGCAGCACGGCUAAUGAUGAAUGUGACACAAAAUGAGUAUUGAGGAUGUCCAGAGGCCACAAACACAGACAGUAAUUGGUGUGAGGGCUGCUUUGCAGUAACAACAUUUGCGGUCUAAUGAGCGCAUUUCGUGGCUGACUUUGUCCUGAGGAGGAGUUUGGGAGGGGGAAGGGUCAGGGCAGCAGCUGCACUGUCCUCUACUGGGUGCUCUGUGGCCCUGCAGUGUGACACCAAAGCCUGCCCCACCCCCCCCCUCAUCCACACCAUAGUUAGAAAGACCUUCUGCCCUAACCGGAAUACAGUAACCGCUUGUGUUUUUAUUCACAAACGCUGCUGUCUCGCUCAAACAGUGCAGUUCAGGCAAAUGUGCUCAUUUAAAUAAAUGCAGGAACCAGACCUGCAUUUUGUGCCCUUUCUUUGCCACAGUUUGCCCCUCAGCUCCUGAAGCUGAUGGAUGUGCAUCAGGGUGCCUGGCUGCACGUUCUCCCCUCCUCUGCUGUACCUGAGAAACUGAACACUUAGCAGGGACAGGGUGCGUCUUGCUGGAAAAGGCCUUUUGUUUGUUUGUUUUGUUUUGUCUGCGGGUGGGGGAGCCACCCAUGGCGGUCCAUCGCACCACUCGCAUAAACAAACCCAGUGUGGCUCCGGAGUGAUUCAGGGUAAUUCCCAAACUGCACACGCUUCAUCCCUGCUCCUCUCACGUGUGCCCUGCUGCUGUGGGACCUAUCCAGGCAGGAAUAGAAGGGUAUUAUAAGAGCGGAAAAUUGCUUCCAGUUGCCCGACCCUGUAAUUAUAAGAUUCCAUUCCCAGUUUCUCCAGUAGGCCCGUGCGGUGAGGUCAUCUCCGAGCGGUUUUCCAGCUGGAAACCCAUGCGAUUGGCAUGAUUUCCCAGCGUUUGGGUGGCAGCAGAACAGUCCUUGCAUGAUCUUUUUUUCCCCUCAUGCAAAGCACUUAAGGUUUACAGUAAUAAAGAGUGAAAUGCAUAUUAUGGUUAGCAUGCAACCGACAUUCUGGUAUGUUGUUAUUAAAGUUGUUAUUUGAUGGCCCCGUUUGCGGUCCGGCCGACGCGCUGAUCCUCUGCCGGCGCCACGCUCGUUCUGAGCGCCAUUCCUGCAGCCCGAACCGCGUUUGCAUGACAUUGGAGUUGCGCAUUCCUCUUGCGGAAAGCGCUCCCAUCCUCCUCUGGUGCAGUUGGCGCUUGGCUGUGGCCUUUUUUUAGGACGGGUUCACACCUCUCGUGCGUGGGCGGGGCUGCGACGAGGGUGUUCACGGAGCCGCAUUCCUCCCCGCUGCGCUGGCCUGUGUGCCGGAAGCAGGGGGAGGAAUCCGCUUAAAUGACAAUGCGCCGUGCUCAUCAAGUAAUUCACCAGCACUUUCACACUUAUUUGUUGUCCCACAUUUCGGAUGCGCAGUUCACCGAGGGCAGUUAGCAACCAGGGAGGGUAGCAUGUGAUCCAGAUUAUAGUUUGCAGGCUGUGUUGCGCUUAUACGUGGGACCAUGUUCCAGCUAACCACUGAAAACAGAACUGGUUUACCAUAAUGACUGGAACAAUGGAUCUCUUUGGACCGAUGAUUACAGUGCGUGUUUACCAUACAGGGUCUCACGUGUAGCGGUGGACUGGAGGAGAUUUAUGAACUGGGUGUGGGGGAUUAGUGUCUCAUGGAGCGGAGGCGUGGGAGCGCUGUUUCCGCGGACGCUCCUGGGUUCGUGUGGAAGGGGAUACCGGUGCGUUUGAGACGGCGUCUGCGUUCGCUGUGUCGCGUUAAAACGGGCACGGGGGGGGGAAGGGGAGAACGUGACACAGCCGGAGAGCGGUGGCAGGCUGAAUGCUGGGAUACUUGAGCACCCGGCCCGUCCGCGGCAACUGUGGCUUCUAUUAAAAGCUGCAGCGCGACAAUGACCUGAACCAGCGCUGCACACUGACCUGGAUAGCACACGGUCCCAGGAGCCAGGGCAGGGGCGCGGAGACCGGUCCACACUGUAUCCUGCUUCCGCCAUCUUUCUGUUCCACUUGCCUGUGAGUCGUCACGGGGCUUUUGUUUACAUCACGGAAAGCUAUCUUCUAACUAGAUUAAAGAGGGGUUUGCAGUCGGUUUGGUGUUUAUAUUCUGCGUGUGUUUGAGUGUCGUGUAUUGUAUGCGUGUUGUGUGUUUACGUGUGUUUGUUUGUGUACUUUAGUGUGGUACAGAUAAGGAAAAAAGACUUGUUUUUGCUUGUCUGGAGCUCAAUGCAUUGUUUUAUAUGGGGUUUAGACGGAUUGUUAUUUAAAGACUAAAUACGGGCGGAAGAUGUGAUGUGUUUGUUCUGAGCUCUUUCUCACGGUGGGGAUGUGAUGUUACGCCUGUCCUAGCAGAGAAGCGGGUUGUGAGGUCUUCAGAAACAGGCAGCCUAUAAAAAGAUGCAUUAAAAUGCGUGGAUGAUGAAAAUUGGGGCUGCUCUGGGUCUGAUGUAAUCCAGAGGUUUAAUGGUGUAAUGGUGACAAAGCCGGCUCACUUGAAGCUGACGAUGAAAAGGGGGCAGAGAGGUCUAAUCGACUGCUUCACUUGACACACAAGCAGGAAGACGGCCAUUUGUUCAUAAGUUUAUAGUGAAGGGAAAUGGAGAGGGGUUUAGUAAAAAUAGUCAUCUGAGUGUAGCAGCUGAUGUGACUGCGUUUGGGAGAUGAAGGGCGGGUGUGUGUCUCAUAAAGCCGUGUUAAUCUGUCCUAAGGUCUUAGGCAGGCUCUGGGCUAGUGUCACUGGACAGCAGCAGACUGCUCAAUUACAGCUAGUUCAGAACAGAAAGGGAGCAGAAUACAUGUAGAAUAUGUGAUUUCUUUUAAACCUUCAGUGUUUUAUUGUAACUAAAUGUAAAAGCCUACAGCUGUUUUCUUUUUUCUUUUUCUUUCUCCUUUUCUCUCUUGUCUUUCAAAGAAUUUGAUUUGAAUGAAAAUUCAGUGGGAGUGUUUGUUGUCAGUGGGGGGAGGGGUGUUAUUGGUUGGAAUCCUUAGGCUACAGCCAAUGGGAAGCUAGCUCCAACCCCCUCAUUCCCCCCCCAUCCCUUCCCCCAAUUCACUGAGCUGUCCGUUGAGAACCGAGGGCAGCCUCAUGAUUGGCCGCCUCUACAAACAGCAUCUGGAGGAUCUGUGAGUGCAGGGGGUGGAGCCAGGCUUGAUAUUAAAAGGGGUGUCUGUCUCCAGUCAAGGGCUGUAGUAUGCUUUGUUAAAGUGGAGCAGAGGGCUCGCUGUGCUGUGCUGUGCUGUGCUGCUUCGCUUGCUCCUGUCCUGACAGCUUCUUCUGUUUUCUGCAGGAGCUCCAGGAGUCCCGGCCACUCGAGAAGGGAGCGUGACAACAUUCGGCAAGGCAGCGCAAGAGAAGCACAACUUGCAAAGGAUCCGAAGGAAGGGCUUCGACCGUGGGAGAUUCGGUGCCGCCUCCUCCUCUCGCGGAGUCCGCCGGCACUUUUCCUAAAAGGAGCUGCCGCUGUUAACCUUUGGACUCCUGGGGCUAUUGAGCCGGACUGAUGUGGAAUGUGACCCUUCCUGACCCUGUGCGACGGGCAGUCUUUCAGUGAAGGCGACGGGGACAGAGGGAGAUAAUAGAGUAAAGGGAAAUAAAAGGAGGAGUGAGAGGCAGCGGUAAGGCCAGUUAGAAACCUAUAGUUCCAGGGAAGAAAAGCCGGCCGUGUGAAGACCCUUUGAAUCGGACACUUUGGUGAGCACAAUACGGACUCUCUUUGGGCCGGGUUCCUCCCUCCCAGCAUGCCUGUGGAAACGCUGCGGCCCUCGGACGGCCGGAUGGCGGGCGCCCCCUUCACCUCCGCCAUGCCCUUCCGCAUCCUCAACAAGGGCCCCGAGUACUUCCGCCGGGCCCCGGAGCCCGGGGCGCGCAAGCUGAGCGCGGUGGAGCGGCUGGAGGCCGACAAGGCCAAGUACGUGAAGAGCCAGCAGGUGGCCAGCACCAAGCAGGAGCCGGUGAAGCCGCCCAUCAUCCGCAAGCCCCUGCUGUCUCCCGGCAUGCUGCUGCAGUGCCGCAUCCACAGCCCGCCCGCCCGCAAGCUCCCGCGCCGCCCCGCUGACUCCGACAGCGGCUUCGGAGGGGUGCACAAGGCCAGCCCGCUCAACCUGGAGAUCCUCAACAACCUCAUCAACGUGUGCGACGGCCCGCCGCCCUCCGCCAAGAACAAGCCGCCCCCCGCCAACUCUUCCUCCUGCUCGUCCCCCUCCUCCUCUCCCCUGAACAAGCUGCUGGCGGACGAGCAGAACCGCCGGCCCCCCCCGGUGCCCGCCCGCGCGCUGAAGGCCGGGGCGUACUGCUCGCCGGCGGGGGGCUCGCCCAACACGGUGACGGUGCGGAGGGUGGACGUGCGGCCGCAGGCGGAGGUGAGGAAGCCGCAGAGGAUGCCUCUGCAGCCGCAGCCGCCCAAACGGCAGGUAGCCCAACCGCAGGCCCCGCCCCCCCAACCCGCCCCUGCACCGGCCCCGGCCCCGUCCCCGGUCCUGCCCUCGCCCCUGUCCCCGGCCCUGCCCUCCAGCCCCCUGCUCCUGCGCACCCUGCUGCCCCCGGCCUCCCCCGCCUUCACCCGCCUGUCCUCCACCAGCUCCCGCAGCUCCCCGCGGGACGGCCCGGGAGGCCGGCGCCACCCCUCCCUGCACCGCUCCAAAUCGGACCUGAGCGACCGCUACUCCCGCGCCACGGCCGACCUGGAGCGCUUCUUCAACUACUGCGGGCUGGACCCGGCCGAGGCCGAGGGGCUGGGGGUGGAGUGCUUCGCCCGGGCCAGCUCCGACAUCGUGUCGGUGUCCAAGCUCCGCAGCGUCAGCACGCCCAGCUCCGAGUGCGCCGGCCCGUCCCUGCACAGCGACGAGCCGCCGCCCGCCCAGCGCGCCCCCUACGGCAUCUCGGUCAUCGAGAGGAACGCACGCGUCAUCAAGUGGCUCUACGGCAUCCGGCAGGCGCGAGACGCCCAGAGCGUGUCCAACGUGUAGCCCCCCUCUGGAGCGGACUGUUUUUCUAUUUAUUUAUUAAGCGACGACCUGUCGAUGUUCAAAGGUGUACACUUUCGUUUGUAUAGUUGAUUUGCAAGAGGGAGAGUUCAGUGUUUUCUCUUGCCUUAUGUUCAGUUCAGUGAUGUUUUUUUUUUUGUUUUUUUUUGGUCGACUUGCUUUUGAAGCAGGAAUUGGUUUCGCUUGAUCAGCCCACCAGCAGGACUGCUAACCUCAAGGAGAAGGAAGCAACAUAUAAACUGAACUGCAUUUAGCUGGGAAGAACCUGGCAAUUAAAGCAAUAAUGAUGAUUUCUACAUAAUGAUGUAAUAGGUACUGAAUCGACGCGGAGCCUUCAGCCCAGUGAGAGUGUGUGCGCGAAUGGAUGCCUUUAAACACUUGCAGUCUCGCACGUUGCUGUGUAUUAUGAAGCAGGCCAGAUUGAGGUGAGUGGAGGAGAGAACUUGUGGAGAUACUGUGAAAACGGGUAGUUUCAGUUGACUCACUUACAGACUGUUGUUUUUGCAGUACGUGUCCAUGCGUGUUUUCUGUCAGUAUGUCUGAAAUGUAAUUUCAAGUAAGCACAAUUUCACAGAAACAUACAGAACCACCAUGUGCACACACCCCAGAGAUGUUUUUUUUUAAUACACAUUUUCUGAAAGGGGCAACAUUGUAUUCACACUGAGUUUUUUUCUUUUUUUUUUUUUUCUUAUGAAAGGUUUUGUUGUCAGAAAGGUAAGCGAGUGUCAUGUGAGGUCAUAGUCAGGUGGAUGACGUAUGUAACGGUGACUGAGAGCGCCACAGACAGGUGUCUGGUUGCUAAGGGUGGAAACUAAGAACAGGUGUGAGAAUUCAGAGCGGACCAAGAUAACUGCUCUCCUGAGGGCAAGAGAGGGACCUGGAGAUGAAGAGAGGGACUGGUUUGAGAGACGGUAGAAAAGUUGAAUGCAGGAAAAAGGGGGACUGAAUUUAGUGGGUGCACGGGAAGUAUUUCUGUUAAAGAAAGUUUCUUGCUUUUGUGAGAUCUGUUUUGAAACAUUUUAUUUAUGUAUUGUUUUCUCAGUGUGCAAUGGUAAUCCCAAAGGUAUCUACACUCACAAAAAAGAUGGGCACAGAUAUAAGCAAAUAAUUGUUUAUUGUUUGCAGGAAAGCGUGUGGGUGUGCAUGUUCUGAUCUGUGAGAGGAGAUGGGUGCAUUCCACCUGGAUUAGUGAGGUCAUUGAGAACUUCCUCGUACUGUUCUGUCAGGUUUUUUGGCUGGUUCGAGUGUUCAGAUGAGUAUCUUUUACCCGCAACGUCUGUGUAUUCAGAACAUGUCAAUAAAGAGAGACUAUUUAAAUAA